AUGACGAUGGUGAUGAAGACGAUAUGGAUGACGAUUGGGAUGAAGACUAUAGAGAAGGAUCUGAUGACGAUAAUAGAGAAAAAUGAUAAUAGCGAUGAGGAUAGAGAUACAGAUGAUAGCGAUGAUGAUAAAGAUGCAGAUGAAACCCUGAGAGUGCAAUGGGGCCAUUUAGACCGGGAGGAAAUAUCACACUGUUACAAUAACGAUGAUGAUGGUAGCAAAGAUAACAGAAAUGACGAUGGUAGCGAAUUUUAUAGAGAUGACGAUGAUAGAGGUGACUAUGGUAGAGAUGAUAAUAGAGAUGACGAUGGUAGAGGUGACUAUGGUAGAGAUAAUGAUAGAGAUGACGAUGGUAGAGGUGACUAUGGUAGAGAUGAUGAUAGAGAUGACGAUGGUAGCGGUGACUAUGGUAGAGAUAAUGAUAGAGAUGACGAUGGUAGAGGUGACUAUGGUAGAGAUGAUAAUAGAGAUGACGAUGGUAGCGGUGGCUAUGGUAGAGAUAAUGAUAGAGAUGACGAUGGUAGAGGUGACUAUGGUAGAGAUGAUGAUAGAGAUGACGAUGGUAGCGUCGGAUUAAGCACCAAGGAGACCAAUAGACGGUGA